AUGCGAAAACGGACAUUUACCUCGAGCGCAAGCGCUCUGCUACUUCUCGCAGCGUCCGUUGUCAGCGCAAAGCAUGGAGUUCACAACCACCUAGAAGCACUUCACAAACGCCACCGCGCCAAUCACCGACUGGACGCCAGGUCAAUCGCGGAGGAUGGAGAACAAGGUGUCGAGAUACGGGCGGUUCCAGAGACGAUAACCUCGUCAACUCUGGAAAAGCGAGGCGGGCAGUGCCAGUUUCCUACUGAUGCUGGUUUGGUCGCGGUCACUCCGGGCGAGUUGAAUGCUGGAUGGGCCAUGAGUCCCGACCAACCAUGUACACCGGGGAGCUACUGUCCCUAUGCUUGUCCACCUGGUCAGGUAUCAGUGCAAUGGGACCCCAGCGCAACGUCCUACUCAUACCCCAAAUCAAUGAAUGGCGGCUUGUAUUGCGACGAUGAUGGGAAUAUACAGAAACCCUUCCCAUCCAAACCAUACUGUCAAUCCACGGCAAACAACAUUGGGGUGAUCAACAACGCGGGCGGUCCAGUCUCUUUUUGCCAGACCGUCCUCCCAGGAAACGAGGCAAUGUUGAUCCCCACCUUGGUGAGCAGCUACGCCAACCUCGCCGUACCAGAUACAGGGUACUGGUGUGGCACGGCAGCGCAUUAUUAUAUCAACCCUCCCGGUAUCGGAACCGAUGAAGCUUGUGUCUGGGGCACCAAAGCGAAUCCUGUCGGCAACUGGUCGCCGUAUGUCGCCGGGGCUAACAUCGAUGCUUCUGGCGAAACAUUCAUCAAGCUUGGAUGGAACCCCAUUUACCUCGAACCCGCGACGCCGUUCCGCAAUGAAAUGCCAACGUGGGGUGUCAAAAUUGACUGUCCCAAUGGUGGCUGUAAUGGCCUCCCCUGUGCCAUUGAUCCCGCUCAAAACCAAGUGAACCAAAUGGUUGGGUCAGCCUCUAAUGGAGCAGGGGGUGGCGCGUUCUGCGUGGUCACGGUCGCAAAGGGAUCGACUGCGAACUUUGUUGUCUUUGAAUCUGGCGGUGAUACCAGCAGUGAUACCAGCAGUGAUACCAGCAGUGGUGGCGCCGUGAGUUCGUCGACGAGUGGCGGGAAAGGUGGUCAAUUCUUCCAAUCAACUGGUGCUACACAGGCGGCGCCCACAACGUCUGCUGAGUCGUCUCCAACUGAAACAACAUGGAGCGAACCCCCUUCAUCUUCUGCCCAGCCGACCUCCAGUGCUUGGGUCUCGUCGUGGGAGCCGACAAGCUGGUCUACCACCUCGUCUACUCCUUCGGCUGAAACCACUUACACGACGAGCUCCUACUCCUACCGGUCACCGACUUAUUCCCCACACUAUUCGGUUGUCAACAAUGCGACCACGUUCUCUCCUGCCGAAACUUCUUCCGAAUCAAGCGCCAUUGAGGCCACGGCGACUCCUUCAGGCCCAUCGACGCGACCAUCCAUUCAAACAGCAACCGGUGCGGGAGCUGUCAUUCGAGCCUCCUUCGCCAGCAUUCUUUCCGCCCUGGCCUUGUAUGUCCUGGUCACACUAUGA